AUGGCCAACAUUAUUCAUUCCAUCAUUUCAUUCCUUUUCACCCUUGCCAUUUUCCUCUCUUUCUCAUGGUAUGCCUUAGCAGGGCGCGACAUCCCAAACACGAAUCCUAAAAUCAGCGACAAGAAAUUACAACCCAACUCGUUCCUACCUCCGUACGAUGGCACGGUCCUAAUCCCCGGAUUUGGUCGGGUUGUUGUCCCUCCUAAAGGCUCUCAUGUUAAUCCCUUUACCUACAAUCCUAUCACCGGUACCAAUAAUGGCAAUGGUCUCGUUAUUCCAGAUCCUGGCUCUGGCUCUGGCAUUGGUAAUAUUCCUGGUGGUGACGAUACACUUGUUCCAAACCCUGGAGUCGAAGUCCCUACUGGUGGAACAAUUCCUACACCACCAUAG